UUUAUUAGGGGCGCUACCAGUAACGCUCGACCUUAAAUGUACCUUAAAACCCUGCAUUACUGAGGGCAGGAGGGGGCCGGCGAACUCUAUAUAAGCCACCCCCCUCCUCAGUAUGAAGGGUUCGCAUCCCUGUAAUUCACACGCGCAUAAUUCAGUCGACCGCCUCCGGGCUCCGAGACGUAGGGCUAUUACUUCUUCUGAGAAGGGCCCGAACUCGUAAACCUUGCGUGCUUACAACUUCUCCAUAGCUGAGAUCUUGCCUCUCCAUACUUACCCCCCUACAUCACUGUCCGAGUUAGAACCACGACACGGGCUGUUAGGUAUUCCUGGAUGCCUCAAGGAGAGCGCACCACGAUGCUAAGUAACAAUGCUGUUGUCCAGCCCUUCCCUAAAUAUGAUAUAUUCAGCUCUAUAGUUGUAAGAGACGCUUAUUCUUAAUGCUUAUUUUAAUAUCAUAAUAGCAAUUAACAUGUGUCGACCUGCUGUACUAUCUACUACCGUUGACUAUCCCGGAUUCCUCAUACGGGCUACCUGUAGUAAACCGUAUGAGAAGGAGGGUUAUCAUACUGGAUCCAUCACGAGACGUCGGGCAAGUUGGAGAGAGCACUCAUAACAAAGAGAUGAUGAAGGAAAUCACAUUGAUGAAGCAAGAAUUCAACGAUGUGUUGCAGGCUAGGAUCCUGGGUUGGAAUACCCCACUCAUGGAUUGGCGACAAGAUAGCAUGUCUUCUAAUGCUUGCCGGAGAUGGCCCACCCGCUUGUUUGUUUGUGUAGCAUGACCUAGAUGAAUACUACCUACUGCUCAGGAGCCAACUGACGGUCCAGAUGCUGAUGGUGAAAGACAAUAAAGCAGCGGGAAACAUCCCACAAGAAAUCAGGGUGGCCUUGAGGGUUUUAAGCAACUGAAGAUGGAUCGAUGCAUGCAGAAACGACAAUAAAAAAUUCCUAUACAUCAGCUAUUUAGGGCUGGAAACAAUAAUUAUCUAUGUUUUUAUUCAAAUAAUUAUAUAAUAUUUUAUCUUCUAUGUACGUACAUUUGAAAACUCUAUUGUGUUUUUGUAUUAUUAAGGUUUCGUACGCUACCAUAUUGUUGGAUUAUGGAUUGAUUUUGUUGCAACGUUGUCAGUAGUUUUAUUGUUUUUUGUUUGUCUAUCAUGAACGAUCAUUUAGCCCCAGAUGAUAAGUGGUAGGACGCAUUUUGGUUACGGCUUGCGAUGCAAGAUGAUAUGAAUUUUCCAUGGUACCGUCCUUAUAAAAUUCAAAUAAUUAUAAUGCAAAGAAUGGUCAGAGACAUCCAACAGCAGCCACAAGCACGUUCAAACAGCCCUAAGUUUCAGUAUAUUUUUUAGAACGUACCAACCCUUUAACAAUGUAGUCGUUGCUCGUUGCUUACACAAGGUUUAUAAUGCCCACACGGAGCCCAACGCUUGAAUUAAGGAGGGGGAAAGAUAAAAUUUGGCGUCUGUUCCAGGGGUGGAAGGAGCGGGUUCUGUCAAAGAUGGGAAAGGAAAUACUUGUGAAAGCAUGUGCCCAGGCAAUUCCCACCUUUGCUAUGAGCUGUUUCGAUCUGACAGAGGGGUUUCGUGAGCAGCUGAACACAAUGAUCAGCAGGUUCGAGUGGGCGCAACAACAAAAUGAAGCAAAGAUUAAUUGGUUGUGCUGGGAUAAGUUGACCCGGGCUAAACAAUAGGGAGGUCUGGGGUAUAAAGAUUUACAUCUUUUUAAUCUAUCUAUGCUCGCUAAGCAGGGAUGGCGACUGCUAACUGACCACGAUACUCUGUGUGCGAAGGUUCUGACCAAGUAAACAAAUUUAAUUGGAUGACAAUCUGGAAGAGUGAAUGCCCUGGUAAAGUAAAACAAUUCCUAUGGAGGUUGGCACAUAAUAGUCUCCCACAUCGCUGGAGAAUCGAACGAAGAGGUAUGGAAAUUGACACACUCUGCCCAAUGUGUGGGCGACUGAAUGAGGAUGGAGCUCAUUUGUUUCUCAAGUGUAAGUUUGCCAAAUCAUUGUGGCGAGAGAUGCAGUUGAAUGAGGAAAGAGAACGCUUGCUGGCUUGUGAUGGUCCGAAAGAGAUGAUCUAUAACAUCCUAAAGCUCCCUGAAGAAAAGAAACUGAAAUGUGUAAUGAUGCUGUGGGCAUGGUGGGAUGUUAGAAAUAAGGAGAUUGCUGGUGAGCCUUCAUGGAAUCCUAGCUAUGUGGCAAGGAGGGUGAAUGUUUUGGUUGAGGAUUGGCUGAGGCACGGACUGAAUGCCCAACUUGGGAGCCAAGACAAAACUGAAUGCAGUGUACACUUGGGUCAGGAAGUUCUUCAGAUAAAUGUGGAUGGAAGCAUGAGGGAGAACCCUUCCCGAGGCGGCUGGGGAUUUAUAAUCAAAGAUGCUAAGGGCCAGCCAGUGGGAGCCGUAGCGGGUCACAUGCAGCACAUCAGCGAUCCUCUCCAAGCGGAGGCGACAACAUGUCUACAGGGUCUGUAUGCAGCUGAGAGUUGGGGUAUGAUGAGAGUGCAAGUGCAGACAGAUUCACUGAACUUGGUCCAGGCUCUCAACACUAGGGACCUUGACCUUGCAGCCAAUGGAGUGCUGUUCAAAGAAAUCAGAUGCUUUGCUAGCUUAAACUUUAACCAAGUGGUAUUUUCCUUUUGCCCCAGGGCGUGUAAUAAAGUAGCAGAUGCGUUAGCAUCAUUUGGUGCAGAAUCGGAUCUUAUAGCCACAGUCAUGUGGCCGGAUCAAGCACCUGAGUUUGUGCACGGUCUUGUAGCCAGCGACUGUGCUGAGCUGUUUGGUUAAUGGAAACUUUGAUUUCCGUCUAAAAAAAGGAGGGGGAAGAUUUACUAGAGGAAAGGCAUCGGGGCCCACAGUUGAAAUCAGGAGGAGAUUUAUUAGGGAAAGAAAUAGUGCCCCACCGGUUAAAUCAGGGGGGUGCAGAUUUAUUUAGAGGGGGACAC